AUGACUACAAAUAUUCAAGUGAUUUGUCGAUUUAGACCUCCAAUACCAGGAUAGGUUGAAAGCUAGAUCUACUUUGCAGAUGAUAAGAGUGUUCUUAUAGAAAAUUAACAAUUCAAUUUUGAUCAUAUAUUUCAUCCAGGAAAAUAAAUAGAUGUAUUUAAGGUGGCUGCUGAACCAGUAAUAAAAGGUGUUUUAGAAGGAUUUAAUGGAACUGUAGUAGCUUAUGGUUAAACUGGAUCUGGAAAGACUCAUACAAUGGAAGGAACAGUUGGAGAUGAUUAAGGAAUAAUAAAGAGAAUGGUGAAUACUGUUUUUGAUUAUAUAGAAGAAAGUCCAGAUUAUGUAGAAUAUCGAAUAAAAAUAUCUGUUGCUGAAUUAUAUAUGGAAAAGGUGAGAGACUUAUAAAAUAUAAAAAAAACCGAUCUAAAAAUAAGAGAGGAUAAAAAUCAUUCCACAUAUAUAGAAGGAGUAACUGAAACAUCAAUAGCAGAUUAAUCAGAAAUAUAUGAUAUAUUAAAAAUGUGUAAUUCUAAUAGAAUGAUAGCUAGUACAAAUAUGAAUGAAUAAUCAUCUAGAUCACAUAUGAUAUUUUUGAUGACAGUUUAAUCAAUAGAUUUAAGAGAUUAAUCAGCAAAAACAGGUAAACUAUUUUUAGUGGAUUUGGCUGGUAGUGAAAAAGUAUCAAAAACAGGAGCAGAAGGAAAAUUGUUAGAUGAAGCAAAAGGGAUUAAUAAAUCAUUAUCAGCUUUAGGUUAAGUAAUUAAUGCUUUAACUGAUGGAAGUUAACAUGUUCCAUAUAGAGAUUCAAAGUUAACAAGAAUAUUAUAAUGCUCUUUUGGUGGUAAUAGUAGAACAACACUUAUUAUAACAUGUUCACCUGCUUAAUUUAAUUUAUAAGAGACACUUUCAACUUUAAGAUUUGGUGUAAGAGCUAAAGCAAUUAAAAAUAAACCUAAAAUUAAUAAAGAACAUACAGUUGAAGAAUUAAAAAUUAUUGUUUAAGAGAAGGAGAGAGAAAUAUUACUAUUAUAGGAAUAAUUAUCACAAUUUAAAAAAGGGAUUGUAAUUAGUGAUGAAGAUAAAGAAAUUUUAAAAGAUAUUUAAGAAGAUAAAAAUUUUGAAGUUUCAAAUAAUAAUGAAUAGUUAUUAUAAAUGUAAUAGAUUAUAGCAAAAUAUGAAUAAGAAAUAGAAAGGUUAAAACAAUCAUAAUUUCUAACUUAAUAAAAGGAGAUAGAAUUAAAAAAUUAGUUAAGAAUUAAAGAUGAUGAAAUACAGGAAAGUAAUUAUAAAAUCAUAUUAUAAAUAGAGAUUUAGGAUUAUGAACAUUAAUAAAUGAGAAUAGAUACUGAUUAUUAAAAAAAGAUGUCUCAUAUUCAUAGAACCUUGACUUAGAAACUUGGGUAAAAUGGAGUUAAAGAUUUAUUUGAAGAUGAUUAGAUAUUAAUUCUUAUUGAUAACUAUGUUAAAGAGAGACUAACAUCUAAAUUAAAAUAGAUAACAUAUCUUUAUAAAAAGCAUCAUAAAGAAUAGUUAAAUGAGUAAAUGAUGGCAUUUUUGACAGACGAUAAAAAAGAAUUUAAUAUAUAAAGUAUAUAUAAUAAAUAUUUAGAUGAUUAAUUGGCUGAAUUACAUACUUAAGUGGCUUAAUUAAAAAAAUAAAAUUAGGAAUUGUAGACUGAUAAUAGUACUUAAUAGUAAUUAUUGGAAACGUUAGAAAAGACCCAGUAAUUAUUGGAUGUCGAAAAAGCAAAGACUUUAAAGUUAGAGAAAAUAUUGGCUAAAAGUAUGAUCGAUGAAUAUCAUCAAAAUAGAUAAUCAAAAUUACGAUGAGAAAUGUAAGGAACUAAAUUAGAAUAUUGAAAAAAUGUUAGAGGGAGUACAUUAAGUGAUUAGUGAAAAGCUAAGGUUUCAAAGAGAUUGUUAGAAAUAUAAGAAAUUGAUUGAAGAUAGACAAGUUAAAAUCAAUGUAUAUAUAAUAUUUAUCACCCCAUUAUUAGAAAUUAUAAGAGGAAGUAAAUAGACUCAGUGUUGAAAAUUAAAAAUUGUUUAUAAAAUAUGAUUAGAUAAAGGAGUUAUAAGGGUUAGAAAAGGGUUCUUUUUUAGAUACUUCUGAAGUUAAUUCUUCAUUCAGAUAAAAUAAAAAAAUCUACAAAUGUUUAAAAGGUGGAACCAAAAAUUCUAUGAUAAAGAAAAUUGUAGGUAAAGAGAAUAUUUCAGAUGAUGAAUAAUGA